GUACUCUCAUUCUCAGUACUCCUUGCACCACUUCAUCCAACUCACGCACAAUGGACAACACCUACCGUAUCGUUCCUGCUUCCAAUGCGGGUUCAUCAACUGCUUCCCUAAAGGAUACAGCCAACGAGUACGGCUUACAUGAUACGAUGCGCUAUGGCAUGCGGAGCUUGGCAGCGGAGAUCAAGCAGGUCGCACCGCUCCAAGGCAGGCUUGAGAACUGGGAAGAGACGCAGGAUAACUUGAAGCUGAACAUGCAGAGGAACCUUUAUGGCUUACAUGCGCCUGUUAGGCUGUUAAUGGAGAGGAGGGCAGUUUCUCAGACUCCGCAUAUGCCUGCUCUGCCCCGCUCAAACGUCCAUCUAGAUAUCCUGAUGGGACGGGACGAGGUGCUCGACCCGGCGGAGAUUAUGGACGGAGCAGAGGGGGCCGAAGCGAUGGAUAUCCACGGAGAGAUGGAGAAGAAGCUCAAGCUGUAGCAGGGAUGUAUAAUAUAAGCUGAUGGUUUGCACGCUUUUGUGCCAUGGUUGGGAGCACAUUGCCCAGUCAGGUUGUUUGCGUGUUCUGUCGGUGCGGAGGUACGAAAGGAGGAGAAAUGUGGGGCAGUGUGCCUUGACCAUGGUGUGAAAAUGCAAACUGUUUUAAUCGAUGCACUCGAGUAUUCC